AUGGAUAAUAUAACAAAUGAGCAUGAUGAUGUUGAUGAUAUGACGAUUGUGACGUCACCAACGACUACUAUGAAUAAUUAUACUACUGAAAUCAAUGAUGAUACUACUAAUAAUCUUGAUAGCACUAAUCAUACUAAUCAUGAGAUAAAUGAUCAAAAUGCCAAAUUUGAAGAUGCUGAUUCACACAAAACAUUAAUGCAUAUAUUACGUUGUAAAUAUUGUAAUUUUGAAUCAAUAUUACGUACAAGAUUUGAUAAACAUUUACCAUGUUCACAACAAUUCCAAACUUAUCAAUUAUAUACAUGUUCAAUAUGUUUAACUAGUUCUACAUCGAAAUCUAUGAUGGAUGAACAUAGACGUGUACAUCAUUCAAAUUGUUGUCAUAAAGUAAGUCUGUGA